AUGUCCAUGAACAAGACCCAAGAUGGCAUGUCUGAUCAAGAUCUCCCUGCGCAAAUCCCUGCGUCAUGUCACCCCCUCCCGAAACUGUGUCACGUCCAUCUCUUCGGUGUUCCGUUGAACUGGACAGGUUUCCUUCACGUUCUUGGUGUCGAUCACCAGAUUCAGUCAUUGGAGCUUUCGCAUCACGACGAAGGCGACAGACCAACAUUUGAUCAAUUUUCAGCAAUGAUCAAAGGAGCUCCACUUGGGGUAUACCGAGACGGAUUUUCGCUGGACGCACUAUUCAGUCGCCUUGAUGCCCCAAACCUUGUGGCACUUUCCAUCGAGGACGUGAAUCCCACCGUCCCACAAGAACGUCCUAUUUUCGGACUCGGCAUAAACACUGAAUAUCUCCUGAGCUACUGUGCAACUGGCUUCAGCAAGCACCCGGUUCAUGCAACCGUGACUGCAUUCAGUCUCUUCAUGUCUGCUUUCCCUCAACUGCAUCAUCUGUCGCUACUCUGCACACCAAACGCGCUGGCAGCUCUGUUGCUGGAUGCGGACUGCCCUGCCCUCGCGUCCAUCCUCGUCUGCCCUGUUACGCAACCAGAGGUUCUGAAGUUGAAGCAACUUAAGAACAUAGGCCGUGUAUUGGAGGGAGACGCUGAAGAGUUAAGUCCUACCAUAUCUCCCAAAACAAUAGAUUCAGGUCCCUACUCUUUUUGGGCUAGGAUGUGA